AUCCUGGGUAUCUACCACAUGGAUGUAUGGCUGAAACAAGGAGAUCAUCCUAUAAGGCAGCACCUAGAAGUCCUCUGGGUUAGAUGGUUUGCAAUGCUACAGACGCACAAAUCUGGUAUGCAUGUUGCACGUCUUCCCAAGGUUGCCUUUGUAGAGGAGGCGGAUCAAGAUGCAUUUGGCUUUCUUGAUCUAGGACAAGUCAUAAGAGGAGCACAUCUCAUUCCUGCAUUUGCGUCCAAAAGGGGUGUAAGCACACUAUGUCAUGGAACUUCAUUUGCAUGCUCUGGUGGAAAGUUAGAUGACUGGGAAGAAUAUUAUGUUGGAAUAUUUGCUGAUAGGGAUAUAUUCAUUCGCUACACUCAUUUUGGUAUUGGG